GCCCCCAUCAAAAAAAAAAAUCUUACCUGAAAUGCCCAAAGCCAAAAGCCAUUCUACAAUAACCCUUUAACAAUCAAUUCCCUUUCUUAAAGUAUCUUUUUGCACUCUAUGGCCUUUCUAGAAACUUACGGAAAGAAUGCCUCAAAGGAAGAUCCAAAUUCAUAGAUGUUGAAAUAACAGCCUAUGGACAAACUCUUCAGGAGCAAAAGUAGAGUUUCCUAGAGGAGCAGUGGAAAAUGCUGCAGAAGUGGCUUUUUCCAUCAGUCAUGCCUCAGGGGCCCUACAUUCCCGUUUCACAGCAACUCAGAAAUACCACAGGACAACCCAAAACUGACAUGGGUCCCACCAGUUUUAACAACAAAGACAAGUACUUAUGCACUAAGGAAACUUCAGAAGUUAAGAGACAUCAAAGGAAACUAAGCAACACAGCAUAUUAAGAAGACGCCCAAGAGUUGAUCCUUCCAUUACAAUGAGAAAUCACACAUGGGUGACUGAAUUCAUCUUGCUGGGAAUCCCUGAGACACAGGGCCUCGAGGGGCCGCUUUUGUGCCUGUUCUCAGCAUUAUACCUGUGUACCCUCCUGGGAAAUGUGCUCAUCCUUACUGCUAUCGUCUCCUCGCCGAGGCUGCACACCCCCAUGUAUUUUUUCUUGGGAAACCUCUCCAUCUUUGACCUGGGAUUCUCUUCAACCACUGCUCCCAAGAUGCUCUGCUACCUUUCAGGGCAGACUCAGGACAUCUCCUUCCAGGGCUGUGUGGCUCAGCUCUUCUUCUACCAUUUCCUGGGCUGCACAGAGUGUUUCCUGUACACGGUGAUGGCCUGCGACCGCUUUGUUGCCAUUUGCUUUCCUUUGCGAUACACGAUCAUCAUGAACCACAGAGUGUGCUCUGCAUUGGCCACAGGGACAUGGAUGGGUGGCUGUGUCCAUGCCACGAUCCUCACCUCCCUCACCUUUCAGUUACCCUACUGUGGCCCUAACCAGGUGGGCUAUUACUUCUGUGAUAUUCCUGCAGUGUUACCUCUAGCCUGUGCAGACACCUCUCGAGCCCAGAGGGUAGGUUUUACCAAUGUUGGCCUGUUGUCUCUAGUCUGUUUUUCUCUCAUCCUUGCCUCCUACACUCGCAUUGGGAUCUCCAUAUCAAAAAUCCGCUCCAAAGAGGGCAAGCAACGAGCAUUCUCCACCUGCAGUGCCCAUCUUGUUGCAAUUCUGUGUGCUUAUGGGCCAGUCAUCAUCAUCUAUCUACAGCGGAACCCCAGCCCCUUGCUUGGUGCUGUAAUUCAGAUCCUGAAUAACCUCGUCACGCCAACGCUGAACCCACUGAUCUACAGUCUAAGGAAUAAAGAUGUAAAAUCAGCCCUGAAGAAUGUGUUCCCUGAGAGAUGCUUCCCCCUGGAAAACAAAUGACAACAGUGACAGCUUUGCAGAACAGAAUUUGACUCUCCAUUUCUUUGGUUAUAUUUUCAUUUGCCACUUUCAUGUACAUUGAUAUGAAACGUACUCAGAAUCAAUGUAUGACAUAAUCUUUCUAUAUGUUUACAUGAACAAUUACCAAUAGAGUCACACAGCAGACAUUACAUGGAUUCUUAGGCUGUUUGAGUUCUCUCCCAGCAUGGCUGUUCCCACGAAUCUUUAUUUGUUUUAUUCUUUGAAAUAGUGAGGAAAGCAUAUUUGCCCUCUUGUAAUCUCAUUUAAAAGUACACUCUAGUUUAUCUAGGGAAAGUUAAAAAAGUAACCCAGAGACUACUCAAGAGUAGUCACUCUUGCUGGAAAUCAGAUGACCACUAAUGCAAAUCCUAAUAGUCUCAGUGACAGUGAACAUCUCUUCAGAUCAGCAACAUAGAUGAUC